CUCUCUGUUCAGAGUCUGAUGUUUUCAGUAACACUCUUGAUACAUUGACUGAGAUAGAAUGGAAUCCAGCAACAAAGCUACUAAGUCAGGAAAACUUAGAAAGUGAAUUGAAUUCACUUCGUGCUAACUAUGAUAACCUGGUACUAGACUAUGAACAAUUAAGAAGAGAAAAUGAAGAAAUGGAAUUGAAAUUAAAAGAAAAGAAUGAUUUGGAUGAAUUUGAAGCUCUGGAAAGAAAAGCAGAGAAAGAUCAAGAGAUGCAACUAAUUCAUGAAAUUUCCAACUUAAAGAAUUUAGUUAAGCAUGCAGAAGUAUAUAAUCAAGAUCUUGAGAAUGAACUAAGUUCAAAAGUAGAGCUGCUUAGAGAAAAGGAAGACCAGAUUAAGAAGCUCCAGGAAUACAUAGAGUCUCAGAAGUCAGAAAGUAUGAAAAUGGACUUGUCAUGUUCAUCGGAAAACACUGAAGACCUAAAACAAAUGAAACAGACUCUGCUUGAUGUCGAAACUGUAGCUCUUGAUGCUAAGAGAGAAUCAGCCUUUCUUAGAAGUGAAAAUCUAAAGCUAAAAGAGAAAAUGAUGAUUGGCAUAGAUAAAAGCCAAAAUUUGGAAACCACAAAAACCCAAGCUCUGAUUGCAGGUGCUGAGGAUAAUGAGCUAACUGAGCAACAGAGAAAGAUAUCUUCUUUAACACAGGAGAAAAGGGAACUGCAGCAAAUGUUAGAGAGCGCUACCACAGAAAAGGAGCAACUGAGACUGACCAGAGAGAAAACACUGAAAUGCGGCGCGCCAGUCACGCUCUGUGGGCUCCUGAGAUACACCGGUCAGCAGAGCACAGACGCUGCCCUUGCGGCGGCGCACCAGUCACGCUCUGAAGAAGGCCCUGGAACUGCCCUCCGUGGACGACAAGGCCUGACUGUGUUACCACUGAGACGCUGCCAAGAAGACGCUAUUGUGAAACGUGCAGACACGCCUGAGACUCCGGCGACAAUCAUAUUCCCCAAACAAGAAAAGAACUGUACCAUUAAGAAAGAAGAAGAGCUCUCUACCUGUGAAAAACUAUCAGAAGUUCAAGAAAAGCUAAAGGAAAAGAGCCAACAACUGCAAGAAAAACAGCAGCAACUGCUUAGUGUACAAGAAGAGAUGAGCGAGAUGCAGAAAAAGAUGAAUGAAAUGGAAAACUUAAAUAAUGAACUAAAGAACCAAGAAUUAACAUUGGAACAUAUAAAAAUUGAGAAGAUAGAGUUAGCUCAGAAACUUCAUGAAAAUUGUGAGGAAAUGAAAUUCAUAACCAAAGAAAGAAAUGAUCUAAAGAAAUUACAGGAGUCAUUCGAAGUAGAGAGAAAUAAUCUUAAAGAACACAUAAGAGAGAUUGAAGCUACAGGUCUAGAAACAAAAGAAGAACUACAGAUGGCCCACAUGCUUAAAGAACACCAGGAAACUACUGAAGAACUAAGAAGAAACAUUUCUGAGAAGACAGCUCAGAUUCAAGCAUCUCAAGACAAAAAAGAACAGUCCUUCAAUAUGAAAGAAAAGGACAGUGAAGCUAAGAAAAUGAUGAAUGAGAUGGAGCAAUUGAAGGAGCCAUUCAAAGACUCAUCACUACUAAAGCUAGAAAUGGAAAAGCUCGAAUUGUCUGAAAGACUUCAAGAAAGUCUUGAUGAAGUGAAAUCUAUAGCUAAGGAGAGAGCUGACCUUCAGAGGCUACAAGAAUUUCUUCAAUCUGAAAAGAACCAACUCCAAGAAAACCUCAGAGAAAUGGCAGCUAAACAACUAGAAACCGAAGAGAAACUUACAGUUGCUCAUUGUCACCUAAAAGAACAAGAGGAAAUUAUUGGUAAACUGAGAGUGGAUCUAUCAGAGAGAGAAACUGAAAUAUCACACAUUCAACAGGAAUUAGAAACAGCAAAUGAUGAAUUACAGAAAAAGACGCAAGAGCUUUAUGAGAAACAGUUUAUUACCUUCAAAGAAAUCAGUGAGACUCAGGAAAAAAUGAGUGAACUGGAACAAUUAAAGGAACAUCUCAAAGCCAAAGACUCAUCACUACAAAGAAAAGAAAGCGAGAGGCUCGAGUUGACCGAAGACCUUCAGGCAAGUCAAGAAGAAUUAAAAACUGUCGUUAAGGAAGAAGACGAACUGGAAAGGGUGCAGGAGGCCCUUCCAAAGGAAACAAACCAACUCAAAGAAAACACUAAAGAAAUUGUAGCUGAGAUUCAAGAACUUCAGGAAGAAGAGCAUCAACUUCUUGAAAUGAAAGAUGUCAGUGAGACUUGGGAAAAAAUAUGUGAAAUGGAAAACUUGAAGAAGCAACUUGAGGCCCAAAAGUCAACUCUAGAAAAUACAGAAUGGGAGAACAUCAAGUUAACUCAGAGACUCAAUGAAAAUAUUGCAGAAAUAAGAUCUGUUACAAAAGAAAGAGAUGACCUUAGGAAUAUGGAGGAGACUCUCAAAGUAGAAAUAGACCAGCUCAAGGAAAACCUAAGAGAAACAACAAGUAGAGACCUGGAAAGACAAGAGGAACUAAGAACUGCCCAGAUGAAUCUGAAAGAGCACCAAGAAACUAUCGAUAAACUCAGAGGAAUUGUUUCAGGGAAGAUAGAUGAAAUAUCAAAUAUCCAAAUGAAUUUAGAAAACACAAAUACUGCCUUAAAAGCACAGGUCCAAGAACUUAAGGAGAAAGAACAUCAACUUCUUAAGGUGAAAAAUGAUCUCAGGGAAAAUAUGUAUCAAACAGAGCAACUGAAGAAGCAAUUAGAGACUCGGAAUUCCAUCCUGGAAAGCAUAGAAACGGAGAAGUUAAGGUUGACUCAGAAACUCCAUGAAAAUGUUGAAGAAAUAAAAUCUGUUACUAAGGAAAGAGAUGACCUAAGAAGAAUGGAGGGAACCCUCAAAAUGGAGCGAGAUCAACUCAGGGAAAGCCUCAGAGAAACAAAAGCUAAAGAUCUGGAGAAACAAGAAGAACUAAGAAUAGCUCGCUUGCAUCUGAAGGAGCACCAGGAAAUUAUUGAUAAACUCAGAGGGAUUGUCUCCGAGAAGGCAGAAGAAAUAUCAAAUAUGCAAAUAGAUUUAGAAAAUUCAAAUACUAAAUUACAAGAAAAGGUUCAAGAACUGAAAACAAAUGAACAGCGGCUUUUAAAGUUAAAAGAGGAAAUUAGUGAGACCCAGAAAAAAAUGUCUGACAUUGAGCAACUGAAGAAGGAAUUUAAGUGCCAGAGUUUAACUAUGAAUAAAAUAGAAAUGGAGAACUUAAAUUUGACUCAGAAGCUUCACAAAAGCCUUGAAGAAAUGAAAUCUGUAAUGAAAGAAAGAGAUAACCUAAGGAGAGUGGAAGAGACUCUCAAACUGGAGAGAGACCUACUGAAGGCAGACCUGCAAGGAACCACAGCUAGGGAACUGGAAACACAAGAACAACUAAAAAUUGCUCAUAUCCAUUUGAAAGAACACCAAGAAACUAUUGAUAAAUUGAGAGAGAGAGUUUCAGAAAAGACAUCUCAGAUUUCAAAUAUUCAAAAGGAUUUAAAUAAAUCAAAAGAUGAAUUACAGAAAAAGAUACAAGAACUUCAGAGAAAAGAGCUUCAACUUCUUAAAAUGAAAGACAAUGUCAGUAAAACUCAUAAAAAAGUGAAUGAAAUGAAGCAAUUGAAGAAGCAGUUUCAUUCCCAAAAUUUAUCUAUGCAAAGUGUGGAAAUGGAUAACUUGCAUUUGACUAAGAAACUUUAUGAAAGCCUUGAAGAAAUAAGAAUUGUAGCUAAAGAAAGAGAUGAGCUGAGGCAGAUAAAAGAGUCUCUCAAAGUGGAAAGGGACCAAUGCAGAGAAAAAUUAAGAGACCUGAUAGCUCGAGACCAACAGAACCACAAAGAGGUAAAAUAUGAAAAAAAGUUACUAUGUGAUGGAAACCAACACCUUAUAGGAAGCCUGAGAGAAAAAUGCUUUAGGAUAAAAGAGCUUCUUAAGAGAUACUCAGAAAUGGAUAAUCACUAUGAAUGUUUAAAUAGAUUGUCUCUUGACUUGAAGACGGAAAUUGAAACCCAAAAAGAGCUUUCAAUUAGAGUAAAAGCAAACCUCUCACUUCCAUAUCCACAAACCAAACAAAUCCAGAAACUCCUCACUGCAAACCAGAGGUGUUCCAUGGAAUUUCACAGAGUCGUGAUGAAACUUCAGUAUGUGCUAAGCUAUGUUGCAAGGACAAAGGAAGAACAACAUGAAUCCAUCAAUAAAUUUGAAACGGCUUUUAUUGAUGAAGUGGAAAAGCAAAAUGAACUGCUGAUGGAAAUACAGCACCUUCAACAAGAUUAUGAUGUACCACCCGGAGAAUCAAGGGACCUCAAAUUAAACCAGAGCAUGGAUCUACAUAUCGAAGAAAUUCUUAAGGAUUUUUCAGAAAGUGAUUUCCAUAGCAUAAAGACUGAAUUUCAGCAAGUACUAAGUAAUAGAAAAGAAAUGACUCGGUUUUUGGAAGAGUGGGUGAAUGCUCAUUUUGAUAUAGAAAAGCUUAAAAAUGUCAUCCAGGAAGAAAAUGAUAGUAUUUGUCAAGUGAAUAACUUCUAUCAUAAGAAAAUAACGGCUAUAAUGAAUGAAUUAACAGAGUUUGAAGAAAGAAAUGCUACCAUAGCCAAAGAAUGGGAACAUGAUCUGAAAUCAGUGAAAGAAAACAAUGAAAAACUAUUUAAAAAUUACCAAACUUUGAAGCUCUCCCUGACCUCUGGUUCUCUUGUUAAUCCUACUGCACAAGACAGGAAUCUUCAUGUCACAACAAGAGCUACACAGCAAGUUACGGAGAAAAUUCAAGCACUGGAAACAUCACUUCGUGAAGCUAAAGAAAGUGCUAUGCAUAAGGAGGGCAAGAUUAUGAAGAUGCAGAAAGAACUUGAGAUGACUAAUGAUGUAAUAGCAAAACUUCAACGGCAAGUUAAUGAAUCAAAUGAAUGCCUUGAAAAAACAAAAGAAAUGGUCCAAGUACUUCAGGACAAAGCUGCUUUAGGAGCUAAACCUUAUAAAGAAGAAAUUGAAGAUCUCAAAAUGAAGCUGGUGAAAGUAGACCUAGAGAAGAUGAAAAAUGUGAAGGAGUUUGAAAAGGAAAUUGCUUCAACAAAAGCCACUGUAGAAUAUCAAAAAGAAGUUAUAAGGUUAUUGAGAGAGAAUCUUAGAAGAAAUCAACAGGCCCAAGAUACAUCAAUGAUAUCAGAACAUGUUGAUACUCAGCCUUCAAAUAAACCCUUAACCUGUGGAGGUGGCAGUGGCAUUGUACAAAGCACAAAAGCGCUUAUCCUGAAAAGUGAAUAUAUACGGCUAGAAAAGGAAGUUUCUAAGUUAAAGCAGCAAAAUGAACAGCUCAUGAAGCAAAAGAAUGAACUGUCAAGCAAUUAUCAUCAUCUUUCCAGUGAGGUCAAGACGUGGAAGGAGAGAACUCUUAAAAGAGAGGUUCACAAAGAAGUAACUUGUGAGAAUUCUCCAAAGUCUCCUAAAGUGACUGGGACACCUUCUAAAAAGAGACACCAUAUGUCUUCUCAAUGCAAGGAACAGAAUAUCCAAGAUCCUAUGCCAAAGGAGUCACCAAAAUCUUGGUUUUUUGAUAACCGAUCAAAGUCUUUGCCAGUACCUCCUCCAAUGCGCUAUUUUGAUAACUCGGGUUUAGGCCUCUGUCCAGAAGAACAAACUGCUGAAGUGGAGACCGAGAAUCCCCAGCCAGGUCCUUGGCAAAUGUCAUCAGGAAAAGAUGUGCCGGAGUGCAAGACUCAGUAGACUCCACUGUGCCACUUUUCUGGCUGCCCUGCAUUCCAUGUUUGGAAAUGUCUGUUCAUGUCUUUAUGUGUCUAUCCCUGGCAGUCAUGUCACAAUCCAACUUCAGUUCAGUUCCCACUUUGCCACUAGGAUUGGAAGAUGAAAGAAUGGGAUGCAUUCCCAUAAUCUAGAAUGCUGAUAGCAAUAUACCUUCUUCUUAAACGUGGUAAUCCUUUAGAAGUUGAAAAGUUUUAUUUAUUUAUAUGUUUUAUAAAGAAUAAAGUUAUUGAAGGAAAUUUCCAAUCUUCCCAUGUAUACAUAAAAUGUAUAUAUUUUUAUUAAUAUGAAGUUAUCCACAUAUGACUUAGAGAAUUCCAAAGCAUAAUUCAUAAAUUAAUAUAAAGUAUCAUUUGAUUAACAAAA